AAAAAAAAAGAGAAAGAAAAGAAAAAGAAAAGAGGAGAUUUGUAAGUAAUUUGGUUUAUUAGCUUCUGUUGGUAGAGAGAUUUAGUUUGAGCAAAAUGAUUCUUCUGCUGCAAGUAUUUUGCGGUUCUCUUCUUAUCCGUCUCUCUUUCUCUGCCUUAUAUUACUUUCUUACUUAAGAUCAAUGUUUGGCAACAUAUGGAAACGACGCCAAAUUGCACUACUUGCCAUCCAUUAUAAAUUUAUAAUCGUAUAGUUUACAAGAAAAUAGCUUACAUUACAAGUUCCAGUUGUCAAUAAUACUCGUUUCCAAAAUUGUACGGUUUUAUUUUUGUCAAGAAUACAUAUAACUUGUAAAUGAGAGAGAGAGAGACAGAGGUGAAAUACAUUUCAACGGCGGGCAUCUAUGAGGCAGCAGUUUUAUCGGAGAAUGUCUCAUUCCUUUGCUGGCUUCAGCCAUCUAUUUUUGUCAUCUCUCUGGUCUGGACAAGCCCUGAGAGAGCUUCUUUCUACCUCCAUUCUCUUUUUUUUCGGCUCCUUCCUUCUCUUAUUUUGUUUUUGUAAGGUUUUUCUCUUCUCUUUUUGUAAUUUUUUUAAAACGAGGUUUUCAGCAUUUUAGAGCACAAGGGCUUCAAGCUUGAAUUUUUUCCAUGUUUCUCUCGCCUUUUUACAUGACUUAUUAGAAUAACCUCAGUGCUUUUGGCUUAAGAUAGUGCUUAGUUUUCUCAGGUAAUGAUGGCAUUGCUCUUUGAUAGGAUUUUCUCUCAUUUGAGAUAUUGAUUGUUUUCUUGAUGAGAGAGGCAUUUCUCCAAGAAUGGGGAGCAGAAUGAAGGAAGACGAACGAAUCGAAAAGGCUAUCCGGAGCCUAUUGAAGCUUCCCGAGAACCGGAGGUGCAUCAAUUGCAAUAGUCUGGGUCCACAAUAUGUCUGCUCAACUUUCUGGACUUUUGUCUGCAUAAAUUGCAGUGGAAUCCAUCGAGAAUUUACACAUCGUGUGAAAUCUGUAUCGAUGGCCAAGUUCACAGUAGAAGAAGUUGGUGCACUUCGUGCAGGAGGAAACGAGCGAGCCAGACAAGUUUAUUUUAAAGAAUGGGAUACUCACCGUGAUGGUUACCCCGAUAGCAGUAAUAUUUUCAAGCUCCGAGAUUUCAUCAGGAAUGUCUAUGUGGACAAAAGAUACAGUAGUGGGAGCAAUGACUCAGGGCAAAGAUCGGCUGUCAAAGAAGAUUACAGGGAAAGUAAGAUGACCAGUGCAAAUUCGCUUGGAUCUAGAAGUCUACAAUCUCUGGAUAAAUAUGAAACUGAAAGAUCUAGUGCUGUUGGGAGGAGUGGAAGUGAAUCUCUCAAGUUUUAUUUUGAUGACAAGAACCAUAAACAACAACAUGUUACACAUAAUCCAAGGUCUAGAGGUUUACCAAAGAGUCCUAUUCGCUUUGAGAUUGUUGACGAUAGGUUUAGAGAUGAUGGAAGUGUUAAGAGAUAUGAUGCACGUAAGGAGUCAAGAGGAAGCUCCAAAUCUCUUGACCUCUCCGAUAACAAAGACAUGCCAAGGUUUCCCAUUGUACGCCAGACCAGCGAACUCUUAGGCGACAAUGCUCCUAAGUUGCGCGUAGGCAAUGUUGCAAAAGUUGAAAGAAAGAAGGAUCCGGGGAAUAAUAAGAUGCCAGGUUCAUCUGAGAAAUUGGAGAGUCCUAGAAAUUUAAUCGAUGAUGUACCAGUUUCAGAACCAUCUGAUGAAAGCAAUAGUAAGAGUUCAAGUGAGAUUCCUGCAUCCACUGAAAAGCCAGCUCCUAAUUCUUUGGAGGCUUUGUUGUUUGGACUCUCUGUUCCUUCUGUUGUCCCUGGAACAAACAACUGUGAACAAUGGAGCAGUAGUGAUAUUUCUUCUACUGUUUCUGUAGACAAUUAUCCUGCAGCGAACCUUGGGACACAGACAACACCAAGAACACCAGAAAGUAUCACCUCUUUUGUCGCAUCACCUACAAUUGCGCAUGAUCAUGCUGGUUCUUCGGCUCCAGUGUUACCUGUUGCUGCUGAUAACUUAAUUACACAAGAGACGGUUACACCAUGUGUAGCUACAAAUAACCAGGAACAACCAGAUACCUCUACGGAACAAUCGACAGUACUGGCUAUCACAAAUUAUGCGCAUGAAGUUGGAUCUGAGCAACAUCAUCAAAAUGAGACACACUCUAGCGUAAGAAAGGCGCUUCCUGAGGACCUUUUCACUGGAGGCUUCUCAUUUGCCCCCCAGCAGCAAGUUCAUGGUCAACAUCAUGGCAUGGGAUAUGGCAUGCAAUAUUAUCAGUAUCCUAUGGCUGUGGGCGCCUUAACAUAUACAGCAAAACCAGCAAAUCCGUUUGAUCUUAGCUAUGAUGAUGAUACAGCUCCAAACCAACCACCACAAUUUCCUUCUAUGGCAAAUGUGCAAGGAGGAGGCUUACCUCACGUGUCAGCCCCAAUAGGGUACUCAGAUACUUCAAGUCCAGCUGCAGAUUCCAUUGGACUGAUGGCCUCUCAGUCACCUUUUCAUACAACCGCUUUAUCCCCAAACUCUCCAGCUCUUGCAUCCAAUUAUUCCCCUGGCGCACUAAUGGGGGUGGGGCAGCAGUCACAUGUGAAUAUGUCCCCAUCUUUCAGGCAAGAGAUUAAUGGCAUCGGUACUGAAGGAAACGCGUUCAACCCCGCACAUACAUUUCAUCAGGCAAACAAUGGAUAUCCUUGUGCAAAUCCAAAUGCAUAUAUUUCCAGAGGCAAUCCCUUUGAAUGAGAGAGCUUGAUGCAGAAGAUUUCUGAAUUGGGAUCAUUUUUAUGGAA